AUGUUUCGUGCGACUCAGGUGGCCUUCUCGAAGGCCAGCCGUCUGCCUCUGAACUCUAAGAAGGCCAAUAAAGAUUUCUACAAGGCGGAUCGCCAAGGGCAGCAGCUUUUCGACCAAUACGGUCGUCCGCGCACAUGGAAUCUUCGGACACACCGCCUCGACGAGUCUCGGAUGGUCUCCUUUGUCGUCCCUCCGGGCCUUGCGGACACUAAACUCAAGCCCUAUGUCUACCUCGGCUCCGAGUCCGACGGCGGAACAGAGCGACCCUUGCCAGGACAACCUGGCGCCCCCAAAAUGCCAGCCGGCGGCAUGAAUGCCACAUACUACUCGCGCCUCGUUGACCGGAUGCUGCUUUCCAAGGGUAACCGCGGUUAG